AUGUCCUACUACGCCCCCAACUACGCACCCGGCUACGGCACAGGCGGAUAUGCCGCUGGUGGUCCUCCUCCCGUGCCCGGCGCUGAUCCUGCUUUGUGGGCUCGAUUCAACUCUGUAGACACCAACCGCAACGGAGCGAUCACAGCCACGGAACUUCAAAGCGCACUUGCUAAUGCCGACUUCACCCCUUUUGAUCUCGAUACCAUCAAGCUUCUCAUGAACUUCUUUGUUGAGGCCCUCAAUCGUCUUAUCAAAGAUCACGAUAGGGAUGGAAUGAUUGGAUUUGAAGAAUUCCAGCGUCUUUCCAGGUACAUCAAGGCACGCACGAUAGACUGGCAGAAUGUGUUCAGGCACUUCGAUCGGGAUCGCUCUGGCACGAUUGAUGGUUCCGAGCUGCGCAACGCACUCUCCCGGUUUGGCUAUAACCUUAGCCCACGCCUCCUACAGCUUGUCCAGAAGAAAUACGCUACUGCAACUAAUCCCGAUUAUCGCGGCAUCAUUCCAACUGGCAUCUCGUUCGACCGCUUCGUUCGCGCCUGUGUCGUGGUCAAACAGCUCACGGAGACAUUCCAGAGGUUGGAUAUCGACAACGAUGGGUGGAUUCAGAUCGAUUAUGACCAAUUCAUGGCUACGGUACUCAGUCUUCCUUGA